AAGAGUUAUCAUCAUACCAAGCAACGUCAACUGUUUGAUUAAUAUCAUAGAUCACCUUCUUCAUAGAUAUAUUGUAUAAGUGACAUGAACAUUCUAUCCUGUGGUUAAGUCAGCGUCUGAACACCAACAUGGGUAUAGCUGGCGUGGUGUUGCUUGUUUUCGGGCUUGUGGGAGGCACAUCAGCGGCGUCGUGCGAUGUAUGUUUCACCACCUACGACCAGACGGUGUCGUCAUCAAGUCCCAGUGAUGAACAGAAAUGCAUUGCGGCCAAGGAGUAUAUCCGGUGCUUGGUGCAGGCAGAAGGCUCCGGGUGUGACAAAAGAUCGAGUAGGCUAAAAACUGCAAUCAUUGAAGUACAGAGAGUCGACGGAAUAUCCGGAAAGACUUGCCUACUGACGGACACUUGUCAAUGCCAGGUGAACUUUUAUCGCUCAAAUGUCGUCGGCCACUUGAAUCAUUGCUAUGCCAGCGUUGUGCAAAACCUGUGUGCCAUUACUGCCAAGGACACGUCCUGUGAUGAUAUCACCACUAACGAGGUGUUCACAGUGUCAACAGCAGAGACCUGGGUGAACGCCUGCAGGAAUACAGGCUCAGUUACAGUCCAGUCAGUAAUGACUGUCGCCGUGAUGACAAUCCUGGCAGCACUACAGCGACUACAAUAGAACAACACCGACUGGUCAGACUGGUCAUAUUCUAAGAGAAUGUCAAAAUGAAAAAUAUUGUUUUUCGCGAUGUGUUGAGGUGGGGCCGGUUGUUUGGCAGAGUUAUCUUGGCUCGUAUGAAGAAAUAUACAUAUAGAAUAUAGCAUCAUUGACGCGGUGCUUCUUGUUUAAGAUCACAGAGAUUUUGACUAGAUUUGCAUAUAAUACAAUUCUUGUUCGUAUUUCUUUUAUACCAACACCGGGUCUAAUUAUGGUGUUUCAGUGGAAUAAGGUCGUAAGGUAUUUAUUUGUGCAUGUACGUCGAUUUCCCGGGGAUCAUAAUCAAAUCUUGUUUCGUUAAAAUAUAUCAUGGUAAGUGCAAUAAAUACGUUUUACAUAGCUACAGUUACAUGGUAGUCUUUGCAAAGCAUACGUAGGGCACA